CGUAUUUACGUCACAUGUUUACGGAAGUGAUUCGCUGGGCUGAGAAGAUGGAGGAUAGGGACAGGCAGGCGCUGAGGAGUAACAGGAUAAUGCUGGUCACCUCCCUGCAGCUGGGGGACAUCUGGGAUCAUCUGGUGGAGAGGGGGGUGUUCACCAAUGACAUGGUAGAGGAGAUCCAGAGAGCCGGGAUACGCAGAGAUCAGGUUCGCCAGUUGCUGGUGGAAUUGGAGACUCGGGGUAGCCAGGCCUUUGCACUGUUUCUGCUUUGUUUGAAGGAGACCGGACAGCACAGCCUUGCGGAUGCCCUCCAGGAAGGUGGUGGAGGCCGUGUGAUAAGACCAGUGCCAGUAUCACCAAAACCAGUGCCCAUAUCACCAGUGCCAAUCUCCCAUCUUCCUGCAGGGAGACGUGAUCUUCCAACUAAUCCAGUUGUGAGGACUUCAGUACUGGAUAUAGAAAAGGAUUAUCCGAUGAACUUUGAUCCGUGCGGUUAUUGCCUGAUCAUCAAUAACAUGGAAUUUGCGGAAUCCACCGGGCUGUCCUUCAGAACCGGCUCGGAUAUUGAUCGUCAGAAGAUGGAGAUGCGGAUGAGAUCGUAUCACUUCGAGGUGUCCGUGAAGAAUAAUCUGAAAGGAAUGGAAAUCCACGAGGAGCUCCAGCUUCUGGCCGCCAAAGAUCACAGCAAGAGGAACUGCUGCCUGGUCAUCAUCCUGUCCCAUGGCUGUGAGACGCGGCACACGCGGUUCCCGGGCGGGGUGUACGGCACAGACGGCGUAAAGAUCCCUGUGGAGAGAAUCGUCACCUACUUCAACGGUCACCACUGUCCGAGUCUGGGGGGGAAACCCAAACUCUUCUUCAUCCAGGCCUGCGGAGGUGAUCAGAAAGACAGAGGCAUAUCUGUGGAAUCCGCCGACCCCCCCGGGAAAUGUGACAACGGUUCCUUGCAGUCUGAUGCCACCGCUGUCCGUCCCGACGAGGAAGAUGGAGACGAAACGGAUGCAGUGGCGAGCCUGCCCACCUCCAGCGAUAUUCUGGUGUCCUAUUCCACCUUUCCGGGUUACGUCUCCUGGAGGGAUAAGAAAAGCGGAACGUGGUACGUGGAGACGCUGGAUGAAGUCCUAGAAACCUACGCUACGUCUUUAGACUUGCAGACUCUGCUGGUCAUGGUGGCAGAUGUUGUCUCAUCAAAAGGAACUUACAAACAGAUCCCCGGAUACUUCAAUUUCCUUCGCAAGAGGUUCUUCUUUAAAACGGAUUAGAGAAGAUUUUGUUUUUUAAUUUUCGGCUCUGUAUUGAUGCCCUGGAUCAUGUGAUUGCCCUGGAUCAUGUGAUUGCCCUGGAUCAUGUGAUUGCCCUGGAUCAUGUAAUUGCCCUGGAUCAUGUGAUUGCCCUGGAUCAUGUGAUUGCCCUGGAUCAUGUGAUUGCCCUGUAGCUCCGGAACUUCAAGGAUAAGUUCACCUUUGGGACAUGUUACCUGUUCAAUCUGUAUUUGGGGUGGAAAAUAGAACUUGUUCCAGCUGCUGUAAAAAAAAUUCCACUCCCGCUGGCCAAAGUCCGGCCCUCCAAGAGUCUGAAGGACAAUAAACCGGCC